GUUUCCGUGUCUCUCGUGGCCCCCGGUUUCGGCGUCUCGUGGCCCCCCGGAGCCUGACAUGACGCUUGCCGUUGGCAGAGCCAGGAAAUCCCGCGCCUGUUGAGUCCGACAUGGAGCUCAAAGUUUGGGUGGACGGCGUGCAGCGGAUCGUGUGCGGCGUCACGGAGGUAACCACGUGCCAGGAGGUGGUGAUCGCCUUGGCGCAGGCUAUCGGGCGCACCGGGCGAUACACGCUGAUAGAGAAAUGGAGGGACACGGAGCGGCACUUGGCUCCGCACGAAAACCCCGUCAUUUCGCUAAACAAGUGGGGUCAGUACGCCAGCGACGUGCAGCUCAUUCUGAGACGCACGGGGGCUUCCAUCAGCGAGAGGCCCACCUCGGACAGCGUGGCCCACAUUCCCGAAAGAACUUUGUACAGACAGAGUCUGCCCCCCUUGGCCAAGCUGAGACCCCAAAAUGACAAGUCCAUGAAACGCAGGGAGCCCAAAAGGAAAUCUCUGACCUUCACCGGGGGGGCCAAGGGGCUGAUGGACAUUUUCGGGAAGGGAAAGGAGUCGGAGUUCAAGCAGAAAGUUCUGAAUAACUGCAAGACGACGGCCGACGAGCUGAAGAAGCUGAUCCACCUCCAAAGCGAGAAGCUCCGCUCCAUCGAGAAGCAGAUCGACUCCAGCGACGCGGAAACCAAGUUCUGGGAGCAAAAACACAAAUCGGACGCCGAGGAGGAGAUCGCCCGGCUGGAGCAGCAAAUCAAGCGGAGCGGCGUGGAGAUCGAGGAGGAGGAAUUCUGGGAGAACGAGCUCCAGAUCGAGAUGGAGAACGAAAAGCAGCUGAAGGAGCAGCUCCAGGAAAUGACGCAGAGGAUCUUCCAGUGCGAGAGCCGGCUGGCGGAGUACCGCGCGCGCAUACACAGCAUAGACGGCGGCAUCGAGGCGGAGAGAGCGCAGCGCGAGGUCCGCGUCUCGCAGGUUAACGAGGAGGCCGUGCGCGACAAAAUAGAGAAGAUCAAAGGAGAGCUGGAGCUCCAGGUGCAGGAGAACCAACGGCUGGAGAACGGCACCAAGGCCGUGGAGCGGUCGCUGGGACAGGCCAGUAAGAGGUUAAUGGAUCGGGAGCAAGAACUGGAGCAGCUGACCAAAGAGCUCCGACAAGUCAAUCUCCAGCAGUUCAUCCGGCAAACGGGGACUAAAGUGACGGUGCUACCGGCAGAGCCCGGUGAGACGGAAUUCCCCGUGCCGGAGAAAGGUAGGACGCCAGCAUUUCAGUCGGGGUCCCUGAAGCGGCCGGGGUCCUCGCGGCAGCUGCCGAGCAACCUGCGCAUCCUCCAGAACGCUUUGUCGUCCGGCUUUAACCCCGAGGGCAUCUAUGUAUAACCAAGAACCUUUCGGGGAGGUGACGCUCCGAUCGGGUGCCUCCCGCGCCCCCUGUAAAUUCUGCCCUCGCCCGCCGGGGGCCACACCAGCUGCACGGAUGCCGUAGGAACAAACUAGAGAGGCGUCGGAUCCGCCAGCGAAUGCCACAUCUCACGGCCAGUAUUUUUAGCGAUUCCACGGCAAGCGAUCGCUUGCACUUCACGGUCCGGGCAGGCGGCGAAAAGCGGAGGUUUAUUCGGGACGCUGUACAGAAGAACGGAAAGUCGGCUCUAUUUUUUUUUUUUUGCGAUUGCGGAUAAAUUUUCUUACUAUUUCCGAACAAAAAAAAAAAGAAUAUAUAUUUGUUACGUUUUGUGUAAA